GCACACACAAAUGUAUCCAUCUAUUCCUUGGCUGGCCACUCGGCCUCUUUAUAAGAGCAUACUUUUUCUCCCUGCAGCCUUUUGCUACAGCACACUCACUGCAUACACAGGGGAGGGAGAGAGAGAGCCCUUGGAGAGAGAGAGAGAGAGAGAGAGAGCGCUCAGACUCAAGAGAGAGAUAAAUUGCUCCAUAGCAAAUCCAGUCGUUGAGCCUGAGUAGUAGAGUACCUCGCCGCAGGCAGGCAUCUUGUCUUGUUGCUUUUUCCUUGAUCCGUCCAUGGCGCUUUUGCAGCCGCAGGGCUCUCCUCCCCUCCAGCCAUAGCGUUUUAGUGCAUGAAUGCUCCUUCUGCACCUCCCUCGCCAUAGCUUUCAGCAUCAUCAUCAGCCUAGGUCGCGAGUAUUAGAUCAACAGUGCAGUGAAAGUGUCUAGUGCCAGCCACCCCACCGGCACUCAUCACCUCCAUCAGACCUGCAGCUUUGCCUCGCAUUAAUCAAGGUUUCAUUUGCAAGAUAUGGAUCAUAGCUUCAGCGACAUGAUCUUGAGCGAGAGCGCGUGGAGCGGCGGCGGCGGGGUUGGCGGCGACGGAGGGGCGGUCUUGCUGCCGCCGGAGGUGGUCGGUGUUGGAGGCGUUGGCGUCGACGGUGGCAACAUGACGGUGCUGGAGAGGUUGGUGCUCGACGAGGCCCUGGCGGCGGCGAUCGUGGAGCUACAGGGCAUUCAGGCGCCCGCCGCCUGCGCUGUCAAGGUGCCGGCGGCCGGUGGUGGAGUGGUCGGGGAGGCCGUCGCCUUCCCCCCGAUGGCGACGCCAACGCCCGCCUACGCGGACGUUGACGCGGAUGUCCUGCAGCGACAGCAGCAUCGCCAUCGCCAUCAGGGCGCGAUGGGGAUGGCACCGGACUACGACCUCACACCAGCAACAGCCGCUGUCGCGGUAACUACUGUGCCGGCUGCCUUCACAUGCGCCGCAGCGGCGGUUGACAGCGCCGCCGGCCUCGUCGUUGACGCGCCGGUCUUCUCCGGCAACGAGACCGACGCGCCGGGUGCGGCAACAACAGCAACCGCGGCGGCCAUGACGGCGACGACGAGCCAGCAGCAGUGUGAAGAAGGAAAAGGUGGCGGCCGGAGGCAACGCCGGCCCAACAGGAAGCGGAAGGCCGCCGAGCCGUCCUCCGUGCCGGCACAGGAGAGCACCCUGUGCAGCCUCCUGGCGUCCACCACGGCGGGCGAGGGCGGCAUCCAGAUCGCUUUCAACACGAGCGCUCAGGCUCCCGCUGGCGCCAAGAGGGCGAAGCCGUCGCUGAGCGGCAGCGGGUCUUCGAGCAUCAGCUUCGACGGCCGGAACGCCGGGGCCAACGGCGGCGUGGACGACCCCAUGUACGAGCCGGACACGGAGGCGCUGGCGCAGGUGAAGGAGAUGAUCUACCGCGCGGCGGCGAUGCGCCCCGUCUCUCUCGGCUCCGACGACGCCGGCGAGCGGCCGCGCCGGCGCAACGUGCGCAUCUCCUCCGACCCGCAGACGGUGGCGGCGCGGCAGCGGCGGGAGCGCAUCAGCGAGCGCCUCCGCGUGCUGCAGAAGCUCGUCCCGGGCGGCGCCAAGAUGGACACCGCCUCCAUGCUGGACGAGGCCGCCAACUACCUCCGCUUCCUCAAGUCCCAGGUCCGGGAGCUGCAAACCCUAGACCGCCGGAACUUCGCCGCGAACGCCACCAACGUGAACGACGCCAUAGCGGCACCGCCUCCACCAUGGCCGGGUCACUGAGCAACAACAAUGGCAACGGUGUGCCAUGCCGGCCUUCGACUUCCCGGCAGCAGCCAAAACCCUACGAGGAGGACGGGGAGGUGUUGAUCGAGCUAGCAGCUGAUUUAGUCACUUAGCUGGAAGAUGCAUGAUAUAGAUUUGUAACACUCAUGCGCGCGUGUUGCUGUUAACACUUUUUAUGUCUGUCCGAUGUGCAUGAGACCAUCUUAUGAUGUAUUCAUCAUUGUUAGCUCAAAGACUAGGGAGAUGAUGAUCAUAUCAAUGAUGGGAUCUAUCGAUGCAACAAGGAUGCAAAUUGGCUUAA